CCAGCACUCUUUGGUAAGACCUCUGCAUCAGUUCCAGCACUGACAGAAAGUGGAUCAGUUUUGUCCCUGCAGUAGAUUCUGUUCCUCAUCACGUCCCUCUUCCUGAGGUCCACCAUGAACCUCCUCACUCCGGUGCUGCUUCUGCUGGCUCUCUCUGGAUGUUCCAGUGAAGUCGUACCUGAUUUUACUCAGCAGUGUCGUGCAUUCUUUGUUAACCCAGCAGGAACCGUGUCUCCUCCGACUGUAUUUCCAGGAAAUAAUUACAAACAGAUCUGCCAAAUUCGAGUGAACACAUACGAAUACGCAACACUGUAUGACACAGCAAACAGGAUCCCCGUCUACUCAGCCUACAAGUUUGACGGGAUAAAGCAUUGUGUAAGAAACGGCAGCUGGUAUAUUGAACCUCAGCUUGAAGGCCAACAUUAUGGCCCAAAGAUGGCAUCUGAAAGCAGUGUGACCCAGAUAAAUAAUCAAGCUGUCAAUGAAGACUACACUGGGACGAGCACUCAUCACUUUGUAAAAGGACAUCUGGCUCCAGUCCUCCACGCCACAUCACAGAGCUGCUCUGAUGCCACGUUCACCCUCACCAACGCCGCUCCACAGAACGAUAAAUUUAACAACGGAGAAUGGAAGAGAACAGAGAACGCCGUGGCUAAAGCUCUGGGGGAGAAGUGCACAUGCACAGAUAUAACUGUCACGCCUCUCUCCAGCCUGGCUGAAACUACAGCCAACGCGGCUGCUCCGGACUACAGUUCCCAGAACCCCUCCUUUCAUCACAUGACUCGGGACUCUAACCGAUCAACCUAUCAACGCUUUCUGGACUUCUAA